AUGCCUGGUGACCAUGGAUCCCAACAUGAAGAAGGCAGAAAAACCACAUCCACGAAAUCUGAUGAUGACUACAGCACGGGACGGCGCAAGUUUCGAUUGAAAUCAAAGCAUUCAAGCAAACGCGAACAAGACCAUGAGAAAAGCCGGAAACGUCGAAGUCACCACAGUAGCGAUGGUCAACGGUGCCACAAACAUCGCAAGUCUUCCCGCGGUGGAGAAACAUUUGACGAACGUCCGCUCUCUCCAAAUGCCGCAUUCCGGGAGUCUCUGUUCGAUGCGCUAGCGGAUGAUGAAGGCGCGGCAUACUGGGAAAGUGUAUACGGUCAGCCUAUUCACACGUACCCUCGCCCAGAGCAGGCCGACUGCCAGGGAGAUCUUGAAAGGAUGACCGAUGAGGAAUAUGCGUCAUAUGUCCGAGCACGAAUGUGGGAAAAAACACACCAGGCUGUGUUAGAAGAACGGGAACGGCGUCGCCGAGCUCGCGAAGCUGAAAUGAAGGCAGAGAAAGCCAGGCGAGAACAAAGAAAGGCAGAGCCAGGUCGCGAAGCGUUUGAAAAGAUGAUCGAUGAGAGCCUGCGCCGCGGAAGAGAUAGAAAGGAACGGAAGAGAAAGGCCAGUUUGUGGGCCGAUGUGUGGAGUCGCUAUUUAGAGAGCUGGAAAGAACUUGAUACCUUGGCACGCGAAGCUGCAUCUAAGACUGAGGCAGCGUCUCCUGAUAGUUUUACUUUACGCCUUCGCAAUCUUAUUGUCUGGCCCGUUGAGACUGGAAAACGCAAAGAUGUUACUCCACAAACCAUAGAAGAAUUCAUUCGCAAUGCGCCAUUUCAGCAAGGGGCCGGAGCCAGCGCCUCCACAUCUAGUCAAGAGACGGGUUCCGCAAGCCCACAUUAUCCUGACCUUAUUACGGCACUGAAAAUGGAGCGUGUCCGUUGGCAUCCUGAUAAGAUUAAACAUAGAUAUGGUAUUCUAGGGAUGGAAGAGCAAGUUGACAAGAGCGCAACUGAAGUCUUCCAGAUAUUGGACAGGAUGUGGGUUGAAGAGCGUGCGAAAUACAAGCUGACUUAG